UCUGUGCUUUAUAUUCAUCAGCAGCAGAAGGACAGUUUCAUGAUAGCUGCUGCAGAGCUAUCAAAGAGAGGAGAAUGGACACAGACCACAGGCGGAACGGAGAGGACACAGCUCUGGAUGACAUAGAGGCACCGACUGCCCCCUCUGGAAAAAGUUGUCGCCGCCUCAACGUGAAUCACUAUGCCACCAAGAAGACUGUGGCUCAGAGCAUGCUGGACGUUGCCUUGCUCAUGGCCAACUCGUCCCAGCUGAAGGCCAUUAUCUUUGUGGGGCCUCAUUACCAGUUCUACUACCCCCUUAUUGUCCUGCUGUCUAUGUCCAUCAUGUUACAGGUCAUGGUGGGCCUGCUGCUCAUCUUUAUUGGCAAGUGACUCAGACCUUUUGCAGCCCCGUUUUUAAUGUUCCUCCUUCUGCAUCUUUCUUUCACUUGUAUACUUUUGAUCAUAGAAACUUUAAGUCUAGAAGGUGCAAACAAUCAAAGAAGGCAUA